UUGCAUUCAACAUUGCCUUUGCUUCUAUACAGAUCACAAUGGAAGACGAUAUCGCUGCCCUCGUUGUUGACAAUGGCUCUGGUAUGUGCAAAGCUGGAUUUGCCGGAGAUGAUGCUCCCCGUGCAGUGUUUCCAUCAAUUGUGGGUCGCCCCAGACACCAGGGUGUCAUGGUUGGAAUGGGUCAGAAGGAUAGCUAUGUAGGAGAUGAAGCUCAGAGCAAGAGAGGUAUCCUGACGCUGAAAUACCCCAUUGAGCAUGGUAUUGUUACCAACUGGGAUGAUAUGGAAAAGAUCUGGCAUCACACCUUCUACAAUGAGCUGAGAGUUGCCCCAGAGGAGCAUCCAGUGUUGCUGACUGAAGCACCUUUGAACCCAAAAGCUAACCGUGAGAAGAUGACGCAGAUAAUGUUUGAGACCUUCAACACCCCAGCCAUGUAUGUUGCCAUCCAGGCUGUGCUGUCACUGUAUGCCUCUGGACGUACCACUGGUAUUGUGAUGGACUCUGGUGAUGGUGUAACCCACACUGUGCCCAUCUAUGAAGGGUAUGCUCUGCCUCAUGCCAUCUUGCGUCUGGACUUGGCUGGACGUGACUUGACAGACUACCUCAUGAAGAUCCUGACUGAAAGAGGCUACAGCUUUACUACCACAGCUGAGAGAGAAAUUGUGCGUGACAUCAAGGAGAAGCUCUGCUAUGUUGCUCUUGACUUUGAGCAAGAGAUGGCUACUGCUGCUUCCUCUAGCUCCCUGGAAAAGAGCUAUGAAUUGCCUGAUGGGCAGGUCAUCACCAUUGGUAACGAGAGGUUCAGGUGCCCAGAAGCCUUAUUCCAGCCUUCAUUCCUUGGUAUGGAGUCGUGUGGUAUCCAUGAAACUACCUACAACUCUAUCAUGAAGUGUGAUGUUGACAUCCGUAAGGAUUUGUAUGCCAACACUGUUCUGUCUGGUGGAACCACCAUGUACCCAGGCAUUGCUGACAGAAUGCAAAAGGAAAUCACUGCACUGGCUCCCAGCACAAUGAAGAUAAAGAUCAUUGCACCACCUGAGCGUAAAUACUCAGUCUGGAUUGGAGGAUCCAUCUUGGCCUCUCUCUCCACCUUCCAGCAAAUGUGGAUCAGCAAGCAAGAAUAUGACGAAUCUGGGCCUUCCAUAGUCCACCGUAAAUGCUUCUAAAUGGACUACCCCAUUUUAAACACCUGCAGGAAGAUCACAUUGGCAUGGCUUUCCCCUAUUUUGUUGGCGCUUGGCUCAGGAUUCAAUAACUGGAAUGCAGAGAUGGCAAGCAUAAACCACAAUGCAACUGAGGACUGUACAUUUCUUUUGUUUUCUUUUUAGUCAUUCCAAAUGUAUAAUGCAUUAAGGAGCUUUGACUCCUGUUAAUGCUGCCCAGCUGGUGAGAGCCCUUACAGAAAUCAUGGUGAUCAUAUUGCUUGUAUGUUCUGCAAUGUAUCGAGUCUUUUUGUAUCUUCAGCCUUGAACAUUUUGUAAACAGUUUGAUCCAGCAAUGGACUCAAUUUAACAUCUGGAAGGUUUACGUAAUUGGUCUCAGUAAGAUGUGAGGGUUCAACCUGUACACUUAACUGAAAAUAAAGUUAACAUUUUCACAUCAA